UAUAACUAUUUAAUUAUGUAUAAUGUACCACACAAGUUUCAUCAAGUUUGUCGAUUGUGUCUCACGUUGGUUAAUGAGUGCGAUAUAUCCGAACUACAAAUUUAUAAUAUCCCGACACGAAACAAUAAAAAAGACAAAUUCGACCACCAUAAAAACGAAGGGAUAAAUGAACAAAAAAAGUCUUAUAAAUGUUUCUGCAAUGCUCCAAGCCCAAAUGUAUGCAGCUGUGUAGAUGAUAACCUGCUAUCAGUGAUUUUGACCAAUAAUGAAACGGGUCAAAGCAAACCUCUUCAUAAAACACAAUACACACCGAGUGUGCCUUAUGCAGACAAAACAACCACAUUGUGCGGUAGUGAACAAUAUUCAACGCUUUUGGAGCCCGAAAUUUCCGGUAGUUCAGUAUUAAAAAAUCAGUCGUCAAAGCAAACCACACUGAAUCAAGAGAAAAUAGAACGAACAAAAACAAACUCGGAAAUUCAGAUGGAGCACCGUUUACUCGAUCAAGAUGAUUUGGUUCCCGAUAAACUAAAAUCAAAUUUAUGCCAAUCACUUCAUACAAUUAAUAGCUACAGCCAAGAGCACAGAGAUGACUCAUCCUCACAUAUUACAUUUCAGAUAAUCAACUGUCUCUCUAUUAAGCCAUUUCCUAAUGAUGGGUUUCCCAACGUAAUUUGUCGUGAAUGCCGAGCCAAAUUGGAUUCAUUUGGAAAAUUUCGUACUAUGGCACAUAACUCUCACAACGCUUUAAAAGAAUUUUUAGCUAUAUCCGAAACCCUAAAACUAGACACUAACGAUUUGGAAAUGCAGCUUGAUACAGUUUUAAAGUCUUCGUCGGAGGCAAUAGCAGCUAAGGCCCUGACUGAGCUCAGCACUUUUUCUCAACAUAAGUACGACAAAAAGAAAGUAGAUUCCACUUUUCAGACAACUUUUGAUCGAAGUUUUGAGAGUAGAACUCAAGAUAUGCAAACCCAUACCCAUAUAUUACAUCCGAGUCUUUUUCAAUCAACCAAUAUGGAAAGUGAUGAGAUUAAAACGCAAGCAAAAUGUAUGUCUGGGCCACCAAUACAUGACCGAUUCGACUCAACAUUUCACAAAGAUUCUGACAUUGAACAGUUUCAAAGCUUGCAACAGCAACUGGAGACUGCAGCAGUUCUUAUGGAUAUAAGUAAAAAAAUUGUAAUUUCACCUCCGUGCUCGAAUCCUCAAUCUCCACGUAGUUCUGCAGUUAUUGAUACAAGUAUUAAAAGUUCUGUGAUAAAAUCAAAACGUCCAUCAAAAAAGAAUGCUUUGUAUGAAGGAGUUGAAAUUGACCUUUCCGUUAAAAAGAAAAGGAAUGAUUAUUCGAAUCAAAGAAACUCAAUCCCAAUAAACAAUUUUUGCCAAACUCCAAUACAGUCACAUAGAAGUGAAGAGGAUCUUCAGAACUACAGUAUUACCAUUACCCAACGUGCUGGGUCAGAUUACAAACAUACACCAACAGUAAAAACGAAUAGCAGUUCCUUAUUAGAUUCUGGUGACAGUUCUGACUCUCACAAAUUGGAAAUGGACAUAACAUCUUCAAUCAACGAUAGAAAGACCCCCGACAGUGUGAGCUCGGAUCACGCAACCGACGCAGCUACCACUCAACUCUGGCAAGCUCUGGCACGAUCAGCUGCUAAAAACAAGGGAGAAGAUGCGAAAGAGAUGCUACGUAACAUAAUGAGUCAGCCUUUCGUAUUUCCAGUGCCGUCAACAGUAUCAUUUACAAAAGUACCUGAAGAACCCAUAGCGCUAUUGAAGGACCUAUCAGAGGCUCAAUCCAGCAAAUUGAAAACAUGCAGAAGAAAACAAAGUUUUCCCACUAAAACGGAUUGCAGCGAUGCAAAUAAUGAAAAGGGGACAGAGACUUACAAUCAUUCAGAUUUCGAGCCAGAAGAAACAAAAGAUAAAAAGAACAUCAACAUUUUUAAUGCCCUACCUGGCGCCCAAAAAGACAUGUCAUGUUCUAACUGUGGAACUCUCACCACCACGAUUUGGAGGCGAAGUGUUCGAGGAGAAAUGGUGUGCAAUGCCUGUGGAUUAUAUUUCAAGCUUCACGGAAUCAACAGACCACAUUCAAUGAGACGCGAUACUAUACACACUAGACGCAGGCGUCCUAAAGAAUUGGAGAGAUCUAAAAAAAAACAAAAGCAAAUAUCUUGCUCUUCAAUAGAACAAACGAAGCUUGAUUUCUUGAAUUCUCAAGAUACAAUUAACAUUUCCGGCCUUGUUUUAAAUAAAUGCAAAAAGGAAAUUGAUGAAACCGAAACUGCAGCAGCACUCAAAAACAUUUUAUUAAAAGGCAAAAAGUCGAAUUGCUUGUCGUCGUUUAAUGACAGCUGUGAAACUGCGGAAUUGACUGUACCGCUUAAUCUUGUUUCCAGUGAAAAUAAUGCGAAGUUCACAUAAAACGCCAAAAAUAUUCGUGUUUUAGAAUGCAACCCGUUAACACAAAUUGUUUUAUUUAUUAACUCUCGCAGAAGGGGAAAUAAAAGGUGUAGAAUUAAUUAUUCCUAUAUAUUAUAAAUAUAAGUUUAAUCCUUUAAAACUAAAUUUGAUUCAUUUUUAUCAUUAGAAACUAAUACCAAAAUACUUCUAAAAUAAGAUUACAUAAAAUUUGUUCUUGUAAGUUAAUCUUUUAAAAUAAUAUCACAAUAAAAAACUUAGGCAUUAAACAAGGACAUAAAUACUUAAUGCAACUAAUAAAAAUAAAAACUUUUAUUGAUAUUUAUUAUAACCAUUUUACA